AUGUCCAGAUACCACCAAACCCUGAUCUCACUUCUGCUCGUGUGUGUCUGCCUAUCGUCUGCUAGAGCACAGGAUGACCGGUCUUUCAUUGUAAACGAUACCAUAUGCAAGAGCACCUUAGACCUGGUGUUUGUCAUCGACGGCUCCAACAGCCUGGGUCCAACAAACUUCAACACGAUCAAAUGGACGGUGGCACAGGCCAUCGGGCAGUUGUCGUUUGGUGUGAACGAAACGCGGGUUGGCGUGGUACUCUAUAGUACCCAUGUCGCUGAUGUUAUUCCAUUGCAGACGAACUUGACCUAUCUCCAGCAAGCCAUCCUAAGCUUGGACUACCCUGACGAGGCCACCGCGACUAACCUUGGCAUUGUAGAGGCCACGAGACUGCUCACUGAGGGGUCAAGGCCGGACGUCCCGAGGGUCAUGAUGAUCAUCACGGACGGGUCGUCAUCUUACCCAGAAGAGACCGAGUACGUGGCCUUAGUUGCCCAAAGUCAAGGCAUCGCAAUCUGGGGUGUAGGAGUAACAGCGAUUGCUAACAUUGCGGAGCUGUCGAAGUUAACCACAUACGGCACUAAAAAUACUUUGGCCAUAGAAAACUUCUCAAUAUUUUCUGUCCAGCUGACAAAUUUGACACGGACAGUGUGUGAACAGACAGAUGUUCUCUCUACAUUUACCAUACCAUCAACCACAACAACUCCACCGAAGACGACCACUACAACAACUACAACAACAACCACAUCUACUACAGCAACCAUGCCAAUAACUACAACUACAUUAACAACUACACCUACUACGACAACUGCGGUAGAAACUACAACGCCAACGACACCAACAAUGACAUUGACAUCAACAUCAGCAUCAACAACAACCGCGCCAACCACGCCAACAACGACAACAACAUCAACGACUACACCAGAAACGACAACGGAAACCACACCAGUACCCAAAACAACCACGCCAACGACGACUACAUUUAUAACUACAGAGACAACGACAGCAACAACAUUAACUACAACAACUCCGCCGAAAACUGAAACGACAACCUUACCAAUAACAACCACACCAACAGCAACCACACCAACAACAACCACACCAACAACAACCACACCAACAACAACCACACCAACAAAAACCACACCAACAACAACCACACCAACAACAACCACACCAACAACAACCACACCAAUCACGACAACAACCACACCAACCACGACAACAACCACACCAACCACGACAACCACGCCGACUACAACAACACCAACAACAACCACACCAACAACAACCACACCAACAACAACCACACCAACAACAACCACACCAACAGCAACCACACCAACAGCAACCACACCAACCACGACAACCUCACCAACCACAACCACCACGACAACCACACCAACAACAACCACACCAACAACAACCACACCAACAACAACCACACCAACAAUCAAACCAACAACAACAACCACACCAACAACAACCACACCAACAACAACCACACCAACCACGACAACAACCACACCAACAACAACCCUACCAACAACAACCACACCAACAACAACCACACCAACAACAACCACACCAACAACAACCACACCAACAGCAACCACACCAACAGCAACCACACCAACAGCAACCACACCAACCACGACAACCUCACCAACCAUAACCACCACGACAACCACACCAACCACGACAACCACACCAACAACAACCACACCAACAACGACAACCACACCAACAACAACCACGCCAACAACAAUGACGACAACCACACCAGCAACAAUAACAACAACAACACCAACAACGACAACUGCUCAAACAAAGACAAUGACAACAACAACGACAAACCCACCGACAGCAACAACCACACCAACAACCAUGUCAACAACAACUGAGUCAGAUACCACCACAACGACGACCUCACCAUCGCCGACCACUCCAUCAACCACAUCAACAACAACCACGCCUAUAACUUCAACUACCACACAAACAACUACGCCUGACACAACCACAACAGCAACCACUCCAGCAACCGAUACAACAACAACAACGUCUACAACUCCACCAACACCAACCAUCACAUCAACAGUACCAACUACGAUACAGCUAAGUGACAAGCAGUAUAAUCCCAAGCCACCUAAAGAUUUGUGUAAGGAUGGUCGAGUUCUUGGCGGUGUGGGCCACGCCCUAUAUCCAGGAGAUUGUACAAAGGUGAUACAGUGCUAUUAUAAUAACGUAACCAACCAAACACUAGCGGUAGUUAGGACCUGUCCAUCUGGUCAGUUCUGGGACCAAACGUCCUUGACGUGUGCCUCAAGUUGGAAGGUUACGUGUCCAUUUGAUAAAUGCCAAUCAGAUUGUCAGCUAGAUCCCAUAUGGGAUAGCUCAUUAGCCUUCGACGAGGAGGACGAGGUCGCCUAUCCCAUGCCUAACAACGCGAGAGGGUACUACGUCUGUGUGGAUGGAAGGUCCCACCCAAGGUGCUGCCCACGUCACUUCCGGUUUGUGUCUGGCAUCGGCUGCACCAUUAGCCUGGGGACGUCUGAGAGCUGUGGGGGACGGGACGUCUGCACUGACGGUGUGGGUUAUUGUGAGGAAGCGCCAGUAUGGGGGUCCCCUAGGUCGUAUGGUAAUCUGAAGGGAUUAAUGUCCGGCUACAUGACUUCCUGUCUGUAUGCAGACUUUGAUGUUGUCGAGUGUAGGUGUCAGGUGACAUCGUUGGAUGACAAAAAAGAGUGUGCGCCAUAUUUUGAACACAACGCAACACUGACGUCAUCCAAUAAUACAAUACUGAUACCAGAUGUACAACGUUCUGAUGAAGAUGUCAACACACUUAAAUUUAGGUUGUCAAUGACGUCACCGGGCUUCCAGAUUCUUCUGUCACGUGAUCCGGAUUGUCGGAAAUCUACCGGGCUCAAUAUGUGGGCAGACGAACUAGGGCUGUAUGCAGCAGUCUACUACAAGGACCCCCGACAACAAGACCCUAUUGUCGCUUCUCUACCGCUGACAAAUUUGACUGGAGAAUUUGAAGUUCUAGUGAUGCAUCAUGGGAGGUCAUUGACCCUCAGUGUUGUCCAAGACACGUAUCAGACGGUGACCACGGUAAAAGUUCCUCAUCUCAAGAUGUGUCGGAGCUGUUUGGAAAAGGUCACGCUGACGUCACAAGAAGAUAAUGUUGCCAUCAGAAAGGUUCAGCUGUAUAAUUGUAAACUUCCAGUUAUUUCAAUCAACACAAAGAAAGAUAACUGAAUAUAAAUACGUAUUACAAGAUCUUAACAUUUGCUUCCCC